GCUUUUUCCCCAUGAACGUCUUGAAUGCGGUUGUAGUGUGGUCGCGCAUUUUCCUCUAAGUGUUAAAUGCAUCUCUGGCUACGUGCAUCCCAGGUGGACCCGGCAGGUGUCACAAAAUUUAGUCUGAAAUUUGUCAUGUUUAUCUUCAUCAACUGUGUGCAUGACUGUAGGACUAAUGGCAAAGAAGUAAACCAGUAUGGCAGCUAUGGUCCCACCUGUGAAGCUGAAAUGGCUUGAACACCUAAACAGCUCCUGGAUCACAGAAGACAGUGAAUCUAUUGCAACAAGGGAGGGAGUUUCUGUCUUGUAUGCUAAGUUAGUUAGCAAUAAAGAAGUAGUGCCAUUGCCCCAGCAGGUUCUGUGCCUCAAAGGACCUCAGUUACCAGAUUUUGAGCGGGAAUCUCUAUCUAGUGAUGAACAGGACCACUAUUUGGAUGCCCUUCUUAGCAGCCAGCUGGCACUGGCAAAGAUGGUGUGCUCAGACUCUCCAUUUGCUGGAGCUCUUCGAAAGCGUCUCCUUGUGCUGCAGCGUGUCUUCUAUGCACUUUCUAAUAAAUACCAUGAUAAGGGUAAGGUGAAACAACAGCAGCAUUCACCAGAAAGCAGUUCUGGAUCCACAGAUGUGCACUGUGUCAGUGAACGCCCCAGGUCAAGCACAGACGCGCUGAUAGAAAUGGGAGUUCGGACUGGAUUGAGCUUGUUAUUUGCACUGCUGAGACAAAGCUGGAUGAUGCCUGCAGCAGGACCUGGCCUCAGCCUCUGCAAUGAUGUUAUCCACACUGCAAUAGAAGUUGUUAGCUCUUUACCACCUUUAUCUCUAGCAAAUGAAAGCAAGAUUCCACCAAUGGGUUUGGACUGUUUAUCACAAGUAACAACUUUUCUUAAAGGAGUAACGAUUCCAAACUCUGGGGCAGAUACUCUAGGUCGUAGAUUAGCUUCUGAGUUGCUUCUUGGUUUGGCUGCCCAACGAGGUGCCUUGAGAUACCUUCUUGAAUGGAUAGAAAUGGCUUUAGGUGCUUCAGCUGUAGUAAACACCAUGGAGAAAUCCAAGUUGCUGCAAAGUCCAGAAGGGAUGAUCAGCUUUGAUUGCUUUAUGAGUAUAUUGACCCAGAUGCGACGAUCUCUGGGAUCAUCUGCUGAUCGAAGUCAAUGGAGAGAGCCAACAAGAACAUCUGAUGGCUUAUGUUCUCUGUAUGAGGCAGCUCUGUGCUUAUUUGAAGAGGUUUGUCGAAUGGCUUCAGACUAUUCAAGGACGUGUGCCAGCCCUGACAGCAUUCAAACGGGCGAUGCUCCCAUUGUGUCGGAGACCUGUGAGGUGUAUGUGUGGGGCAGUAACAGCAGUCACCAGCUGGUAGAAGGAACUCAAGAGAAAAUACUUCAACCCAAGCUCGCACCAAGCUUUUCUGAUGCACAGACUAUUGAAGCUGGACAAUAUUGUACAUUUGUCAUUUCUACGGAUGGUUCUGUUCGAGCCUGUGGAAAAGGCAGCUAUGGGAGACUGGGACUGGGAGAUUCCAACAAUCAGUCAACAUUGAAAAAAUUGACUUUUGAGCCUCACAGGUCUAUUAAAAAGGUGUCAUCUUCAAAAGGAUCUGAUGGUCACACUUUAGCAUUUACAACAGAAGGGGAAGUCUUCAGCUGGGGUGAUGGUGACUACGGAAAACUGGGACAUGGAAAUAGUUCUACUCAGAAAUAUCCCAAACUUAUUCAGGGUCCCCUACAAGGGAAGGUGGUUGUGUGUGUAUCAGCGGGCUACAGACACAGUGCUGCUGUUACAGAAGAUGGAGAGCUGUACACAUGGGGAGAAGGAGACUUUGGAAGAUUAGGUCACGGUGACAGCAACAGCCGCAACGUUCCAACUUUAGUAAAAGAUAUUAGCAAUGUAGGAGAGGUUUCCUGUGGCAGUUCCCACACAAUAGCUUUAUCCAAAGAUGGGAGAACAGUGUGGUCAUUUGGAGGAGGAGACAAUGGCAAACUUGGUCAUGGUGAUACAAAUAGAGUAUAUAAACCUAAAGUUAUAGAAGCCUUGCAAGGAAUGUUUAUUCGAAAAGUUUGUGCUGGGAGUCAGUCUUCGCUUGCUUUGACAUCAACAGGGCAGGUUUAUGCGUGGGGCUGCGGGGCCUGCCUUGGCUGUGGCUCUUCGGAGGCGACUGCUCUCAGACCCAAGCUCAUCGAAGAGCUGUCUGCUACCAGAAUAGUUGACAUUUCCAUUGGUGACAGUCACUGUCUGGCACUUUCUCAUGAUAAUGAAGUUUAUGCAUGGGGUAACAAUUCAAUGGGACAGUGUGGUCAAGGAAACUCUACUGGCCCCAUUACUAAACCGAAGAAAGUAAGUGGUUUAGAUGGAGUUGCAAUUCAACAGAUUUCAGCUGGAACAUCCCAUAGCCUUGCCUGGACGGCUCUUCCAAGGGACAGACAAGUUGUGGCAUGGCACAGACCCUAUUGUGUUGAUCUUGAAGAAAGCACCUUUUCACAUCUUCGUUCUUUUCUUGAGCACUACUGUGACAAAAUUAACAGUGAAAUUCCUCCUCUUCCUUUUCCUUCAUCAAGGGAACAUCACAAUUUUCUUAAAUUGUGUUUGAAGCUGCUUUCUAAUCACCUUGCACUUGCACUGGCUGGAGGUGUAGCCACCAGCAUUCUCGGUCGGCAGGCUGGUCCUCUUCGAAAUCUCUUGUUCAGACUGAUGGACUCUUCUGUCCCUGACGAAAUUCAAGAAGUUGUAAUUGAGACACUGUCAGUUGGAGCAACUAUGCUACUUCCUCCAUUGCGAGAGAGAAUGGAAUUGCUCCAUUCUCUUCUGCCCCAAGGUCCUGAUAGAUGGGAAAGCUUAUCAAAAGGACAGAGAAUGCAGUUGGACAUCAUUCUGACAAGCUUGCAGGAUCACACCCACGUAGCUUCCCUGCUUGGCUAUAGCUCCCCAUCCGAUACCACAGAAACUUCCUCGUUGUGUAUCAGCUAUGGAAACCUCUCUGAUCAAGCAUAUGCUGUCCAGAGCAGUCAUCCAGAUACUCAUCUAGCUGAAAUCUUAAUGAAGACUCUUCUAAGAAACUUGGGAUUUUAUACAGACCAAGCCUUUGGAGAACUGGAAAAAAACAGUGAUAAAUUUUUACUAGGUACAUCAUCAUCAGAAAACAGCCAACCUGCUCAUCUGCAUGAGCUUUUAUGUUCCCUGCAGAAACAAUUGCUGGCUUAUUGCCACAUCAACAGUGUUACUGAGAAUUCCAGCAGCGUGGCGCUGCUUCACAAACACCUUCAGCUUUUGUUGCCUCAUGCUACGGAUAUCUAUUCCCGUUCUGCAACGCUGCUUAAGGAAAGCUCUUGGAAUGGUAGUGUUGGAGAAAAACUGAGAGAUGUGAUUUAUGUAUCAGCUGCUGGCAGUAUGCUCUCUCAAAUUGUGAACUCACUGUUGCUGCUGCCCGUGUCAGUAGCCCGGCCUCUGCUGAGUUACCUGCUGGAUCUGCUGCCACCUUUAGAUUGUCUCAACAGACUCUUGCCUGCUGCAGCCCUUUUGGAAGAUCAGGAAUUACAGUGGCCUCUUCAUGGUGGCCCUGAGUUGAUCGACCCUGCAGGCGUGCCUCUGCCACAGCCUGCCCAGUCGUGGGUGUGGCUAGUGGACCUGGAGAGGACGGUGGCCCUGCUUAUCGGGCGCUGCCUUGGGGGGAUGCUGCAGGGCCCUCCAGUGUCCCCCGAGGAGCAGGACACGGCCUACUGGCUCAAAACCCCACUGUUCAGCGAUGGAGUGGAGAUGGAUAUUCCUCAUUUAGACAAAUGCAUGAGCUCCUUGUUAGAAGUGGCCCUGUCUGGAAAUGAGGAGCAGAAGCCCUUUGAUUACAAGCUGAGACCAGAGAUCACAGUCUAUGUUGAUUUGGCCUUGGGUUGUACAAAAGAGCCAGCAAGGAGCCUCUGGAUGAGUAUGCAGGACUAUGCUGUCAGUAAAGAUUGGGAUACUGCAACUUUAAGUAAUGAAUCACUCUUAGACACUGUGUCCAGAUUUGUCCUUGCAGCUCUUCUGAAACAUACAAGUUUACUUAGUCAAGCUUGUGGUGAGAGCAGGUACCAGCCUGGCAAGGCCUUGGCAGAAGUUUACCGCUGUGUGUAUAAAGUUCGGAGUCGCUUGCUUGCCUGCAAGAACAUGGAGCUUAUUCAGACCAGGUCAUCCUCCAAAGACAGAUGGAUUCUAGAUAACCAAGAAUCUGCUGAUGUUGAUACUCAAGACCAUUCUUUUACUCGUACAAUUGAUGAAGAAGCAGAAAUGGAGGAGCAGGCAGAACGUGACAGGGAGGAAGGACACCCAGAACAAGAAGAUGAAGAGGAGGAAAGAGAACAUGAAGUUAUGACAGCUGGUAAAAUCUUUCAAUGUUUCCUAUCAGCCCGUGAAGUAGCUCGCAGUCGGGAUCGAGAUAGGAUGAGCACGGGGACAGGGACUAGACUUGAUGAUCCACCUGCUCAGUCCCAGCAGGAGCGAAGGAUCAGCACUGAUCUGACAGAAGGGCAGGAUGUGUACACUGCUGCCUGCAACUCUGUGAUCCACAGAUGUGCCUUGCUGAUCUUGGGCGUGAGCCCUGUCAUUGAGGAGCUGCAGAAGCGCAGGGAGGAUGGGCAGCUCCAGCAGCCUCCCUCUGCUGCUCCCGAGGGCAUCGGCCUCAUGACCAGGAGUGAAAGUCUUACAGCAGAAAGUCGCUCAAUCCAUGCAAGCUCAAGCUACAGACUGAUGAAGUCAAGAAGUGAAUCUGAUUUGUCUCAGCCGGAAUCGGAUGAGGAAGGUUAUUCACUGAGUGGAAGACGAAAUGUUGAUUUGGAUUUGGCAGCAUCACACAGGAAGAGGGGAGCAAUACACAGUCAAAUGGAAUCUCUGAGUGACUCGUGGGUUCGACUGAAACACAGCAGAGAUUGGUUAUACACAUCCUCCUACUCAUUUGUUGAGUCUGAUUUUGAUCUCUCAAGAUCCCUUGGAGUUCAUACUUUGAUUGAAAAUGCUGUCAGUUUUGUAAGUGGAGAUGUAGGAAAUUCCCCAGGAUUUAAGGAACCAGAGGAAAGUAUGUCCACCAGUCCACAAGCAUCAAUAAUUGCAAUGGAACAGCAGCAGUUGAGGGCUGAGGUAAAUUUUAGUUUAACAACUCUUCUUAUUAUUCAUACAUUAUGCUUAUUAUAGGAAUUUUUUUGAAACAGUGUUCAAAUUCUAUUUCAGUAUAAUCCAAUUUCCAUUUCUAGGGCACUGCUUACUUCUGUUAGACUCCAGUUUCUUGCUGGCUGCUUUGGUCUGGGCACUGUAGGACAUGCAGGGGCCAAAGGAGAGAGUGUAAGAUUGCAUCACUACCAGGAUGGUAUCAGAGCAGCCAAGAGGAGUAUUCAAAUUGAAAUUCAGAUGGCUGUGCACAAAAUUUACCAGCAGUUAUCUGCUACGUUGGAAAGAGCUCUGCAAGCUAAUAAGCAUCACAUAGAAGCACAACAGCGUCUUCUCUUGGUGACAGUCUUUGCUCUCAGCGUGCACUAUCAGCCCGUUGAUGUCUCCUUGGCCAUUUCCACGGGGCUGCUGAAUGUGCUGUCCCAGCUGUGUGGCACAGACACCAUGUUAGGACAGCCUCUGCAGCUGCUGCCCAAAACUGGGAUUUCUCAGCUCAGCACAGCUUUAAAAGUAGCGAGCACAAGACUGCUGCAAAUCCUGGCUAUCACCACAGGAACCUAUGCAGAUAAACUGAGCCCAAAGGUGGUGCAGUCCUUGCUGGAUUUAUUGUGCAGCCAGCUGAAGAACUUGCUAUCACAAGCUGGUGUGAUGCUGAUGGCUUCCUUUGGAGAAGAGGAGGGUGAGGAAGGUGAAGUGGAAUCAAAAAAGGCAGAUUUGAAUGGGGAAAAUGAGAAGAGAGACUUCAGAGCUGCCCUCCGAAAGCAACAUGCAGCAGAAUUGCACCUGGGAGACUUUCUUGUUUUCCUGCGUAGAGUUGUGUCUUCAAAAGCAAUUCAGUCCAAGAUGGCAUCUCCAAAGUGGACAGAAGUCCUCCUUAACAUUGCUUCCCAGAAGUGUUGCUCAGGAGUUCCCUUGGUUGGCAAUCUGAGGACUAGACUGCUCGCACUUCAUGUACUAGAAGCUGUGUUACCUGCUUGUGAAUCUGGUGUUGAAGAUGAUCAGAUGGCUCAGGUUAUUGAACGAUUGUUCUCACUUCUGUCUGACUGCAUGUGGGAGACUCCGAUAGCUCAGGCCAAACAUGCAAUUCAAAUAAAGGAGAAAGAACAAGAAAUGAAGCUCCAGAAGCAAGGAGAGUCUGAGGAUGAAGAUGAGAAUCUUCCCAUCCAAGAAGUGUCCUUUGAUCCUGAGAAAGCCCAGUGCUGCAUAGUGGAGAAUGGGCAGAUUCUAACUCAUGGAAGUGGAGGCAAAGGAUAUGGCUUAGCAUCUACUGGAGUUACUUCAGGGUGUUACCAGUGGAAGUUCUACAUUGUGAAGGAGAACCGAGGCAAUGAGGGCACUUGUGUGGGAGUGUCUCGCUGGCCCGUGCAUGACUUCAACCACCGCACUACCUCAGAUAUGUGGCUCUACAGAGCCUACAGUGGCAACCUGUAUCACAAUGGAGAGCAGACUUUGACUCUGUCAAGCUUUACCCAAGGAGAUUUCAUCACAUGUGUGCUAGAUAUGGAAGCAAGAACUAUUUCCUUCGGUAAAAAUGGAGAGGAACCAAAACUAGCUUUUGAAGAUGUGGAUGCAGCUGAAUUAUAUCCUUGUGUUAUGUUCUAUAGCAGUAACCCAGGAGAGAAGGUAACUUAAAAGGACAUAAAAGGCAGUGCUAGUAAUUAUUUCUAUUCUGGAGGUGACUCCAGUAUAGAUAAGAAGAGCUUAUUUGAGGUAUAUUGAGAAGGUAACUUGUAAACUAUUCUCUUCCGCUGGACACACUGCAUCAAUAAAAAAAUGAUGGAAAGACUGAAUAAAAUCAAAACAUGUCUUAAAGAAGCAGGUCAAAAACUGAAGAAAAGUCGCUCUGUUCAAAGCCGAGAAGAGAAUGAGGUGAGAGAGGAGAAAGAAAACAAAGAGGAGGAGAAAUGCAAGCACAGCCGGCAUAGCCUGGCGGAGCUCCCAGAGGUGCAGCUGAAGAUGCUCUGUGUGGAGGUGUGGCCUGUCCUAGCAGUGAUUGGUGGAGUGGAUGCUGGGCUCAGGGUUGGAGGUCGAUGUGUCCACAAGCAAACAGGCCGUCACGCCACCCUGCUGGGGGUGGUGAAGGAGGGCAGUACCUCUGCCAAGGUCCAGUGGGAUGAAGCAGAGAUUACAAUCAGCUUCCCAACUUUUUGGUCGCCUAGUGAUACUCCAUUGUAUAAUCUGGAGCCCUGUGAACCACUGCCUUUUGAUGUUGCAAGAUUUCGUGGGCUGACAGCUACUGUGUUGCUGGACCUUACCUAUCUGACUGGCAUUCAUGAAGAUACAGGAAAGCAAAGCACCAAGAGACACGAGAAAAAACACAGACAUGAAUCUGAGGAUAAAGGGGAAGUGGAGCAGAAGAUGGAGGGUGACGGUGGAUCAGAUACACGAUUAGGCCAAAGUGCUGAUGAUAACAAAGGACACGGUGCCGCAACCUCUAAGUCGGAAAAUGAAAUUGUUUCCUUUUCUUUCGAACCGUCAACACUAGGUAUGGAAUCCCAACACCAACCUGCUGAAGGAAGAAAAAAGAACCAUGAACACACCCCACGAAGUCACGAUAUAGUGCAGUCAGAAAUCCGAGCUGUACAGCUGUCUUACCUUUAUCUUGGUGCUAUGAAGUCACUUAGUGUUCUUCUUAGUUGUAGUAAGUACGCUGAGCUGCUGUUGAUCCCCAAAGUGCUGGCAGAGAAUGGCCACAACUCUGACUGUGCGGGGUCCCCGGUGGUGCACGAGGACGUGGAGCUGCGCGCAGCGCUGCAGUUCCUCAUGCGGCACAUGGUGAAACGCGCGGUCACGCGCUCGCCCAUCAAGAGAGCGCUGGGGCUGGCGGAUCUGGAGCGGGCACAGGCCAUUAUCUACAAAUUAGUGGUUCAUGGGCUGCUGGAGGACCAGUUUGGUGGCAGACUUAAACAAGAAGUAGAGCAACAAGUGGAAGAAGGUGAUCAGUCUCAGCAAGCCCAAACACCAGUUACAACCAGCCCUUCUGCUUCUAGCACAACAUCUUUCAUGAGCAGCUCUCUGGAGGAUACCACCACUGCUACUACUCCAGUAACUGAUACAGAAACAGUUCCAGCAUCAGAAUCACCUGGUGUUAUGCCUCUCAGUCUCCUGAGGCAAAUGUUCUCCAGUUAUCCUACUACAACUGUACUGCCAGCACGACGUGCUCAGACUCCUCCAAUAUCUUCUUUACCAACAUCUCCUUCAGAUGAAGUUGGAAGGAGACAAAGUUUGACCUCUCCAGAUUCCCAGUCUGCACGGCCUGCUAAUCGCACAGCUUUGUCUGAUCCAAGCAGCCGACUUUCAACCUCCCCUCCUCCUCCUGCCAUUGCUGUUCCCUUGCUAGAAAUGGGGUUCUCCCUCAGGCAAAUUGCAAAAGCUAUGGAAGCUACAGGUGCCAGAGGAGAAGCAGAUGCACAGAACAUCACAGUGCUGGCCAUGUGGAUGAUCGAGCACCCUGGAAACGAAGAUGAUGAAGAGCCCCAGUCAGAGGGGACUGCGGAGUCACGGCAUGGGACUGUCAUCUCUGGCACUGGUGGAAAAUCUGGGGACCAUUGCUAUUUGCAAUCUCCAGGUGAUAUCCCUUCUGCUGAUGCCACUGAAAUGGAGGAAGGCUUUAGUGAGAGCCCUGAUAAUCUGGAUCAUGUGGAUAAUGCAGCUGCAGCAAGUGGCCCUCCCUCUCGAAGUCGGUCGGCUGUCACACGGAGGCACAAAUUUGAUUUAGCUGCCCGGACGUUGCUGGCACGUGCUGCGGGACUGUACCGCUCAGUGCAGGCCCACAGGACCCAGAGCCGCAGGGAAGGGAUCUCCUUGCAGCAAGAUCCAGGGGCACUGUAUGACUUCAACUUGGAUGAGGAGUUGGAGAUUGACCUUGAUGAUGAAGCAAUGGAAGCUAUGUUUGGGCAAGACCUGGCUGGUGAUAAUGAUAUUCUGGGAAUGUGGAUCCCAGAGGUACUGGAUUGGCCUACCUGGCACGUCUGUGAAUCUGAAGACAGAGAAGAAGUGGUGGUUUGUGAGCUGUGUGAAUCCAGUGUGGUCAGCUUCAACCAGCACAUGAAGAGGAACCACCCUGGCUGCGGGCGCAGCGCCAACCGCCAGGGCUACCGCAGCAACGGCUCCUACGUGGAUGGCUGGUUCGGGGGGGAGUGUGGCAGUGGCAACCCCUACUACCUCCUGUGUGGCAUCUGCAGAGAGAAAUACCUGGCCCUCAAGAGCAAAUCUAAAACAUCAGCCUCAGAAAGGUACAAAGGCCAGGCUCCUGAUCUAAUAGGUAAACAAGACAGUGUCUAUGAAGAAGACUGGGACAUGUUAGAUGUGGAUGAAGAUGAAAAGCUGACAGGAGAAGAGGAGUUUGAACUGCUGGCUGGGCCUCUUGGGUUAAAUGAUCGACGCAUUGUACCCGAACCUGUUCAGUUCCCUGACAGUGACCCCCUGGGUGCUUCAGUUGCAAUGGUGACAGCCACCAACAGUAUGGAAGAGACAUUAAUGCAAAUAGGCUGUCACGGCUCAAUAGAAAAAAGUUCUUCUGGCAGGAUAACCUUAGGAGAACAAGCAGCUGCCCUGGUAAAUCCACACGACCGUGUCAUGGCUCUCAGAAGAGUGACAGCUGCUGCCCAAGUGCUCCUGGCAAGAACAAUGGUUAUGAGAGCACUCUCACUUCUGUCUGUCAGUGGUUCCAGUUGUAGCCUGGCAGCUGGUCUUGAAUCCCUGGGCUUGACAGACAUCCGCACUUUGGUUCGUUUGAUGUGCCUGGCAGCAGCGGGGAGGGCAGGCCUGUCCACGAGCCCAUCCACAGUGUCCAGCUCCACAGAGAGAUCCAGGGGCAUCCACAGCAAAACCAGCAAGCCCAUCUCUUGCCUUGCCUAUCUGAGCACUGCAGUUGGCUGCUUGGCAUCUAACACUCCCAGUGCUGCAAAGCUGCUGGUGCAGUUAUGUACUCAGAAUUUGAUAUCUGCAGCAACUGGUGUGAAUUUGACAACAGUCGAUGAUCCAAUUCAGAGAAAAUUUUUGCCAAGUUUUUUAAGAGGAAUUGCAGAAGAAAACAAACUUGUCACAUCUCCAAAUUUUGUAGUUACUCAAGCACUUGUAGCACUGUUGGCUGACAAAGGGGCCAAACUGAGGCCAAACUAUGAUAAAGCUGAAAUUGAAAAGAAAGGCCCUCUGGAGCUGGCGAACGCGCUGGCAGCGUGCUGCUUGUCGUCGCGCCUGUCGUCGCAGCACCGGCAGUGGGCAGCGCAGCAGCUGGUGCGCACGCUGGCCGCGCACGACCGCGACAACCAGAGCACGCCGCAGACCCUCGCUGACAUGGGUGGAGACCUGCGCAAGUGCUCCUUCAUCAAGCUUGAGGCUCACCAGAACAGGGUCAUGACAUGUGUUUGGUGCAAUAAAAAGGGACUUUUGGCAACCAGUGGGAAUGAUGGCACCAUCAGAGUGUGGAAUGUGACAAAGAAGCAAUAUUCAUUGCAACAGACCUGUGUGCUCAACAAGCUAGAAGGUGACUCUGAAGAAGCUCUGGGGUCACCCAGUGACCUUAGUUUAUCUCUUGUUUGUUGGAGCAUCAGUGGCAAGUACCUGGCUGGAGCUACAGAAAAGAUGGUGAACAUCUGGCAAGUCAAUGGAGGAAAAGGCUUGUUAGAUCUUCAGCCUCACUGGGUAUCUGCUCUAGCCUGGCCAGAAGAAGGGCCAGCUGCAGCAUGGACUGGAGAUGCUCCAGAAUUGUUGUUAAUUGGGCGCAUGGAUGGAUCCCUGGCUCUUAUUGAAGUUGUGGACAUUUCAGCCAUGCACCGGCUGGAACUGGAACACUGCUACAGAAAGGAUGUGUCUGUCACAUGCCUGGCCUGGUUCAGUGAAGACAGACCAUUUGCUGUUGGCUAUUCAGAUGGAAAAUUGCUCCUAGGAACAAAGGAACCAGCUGAGAAAGGAGGAGUUGUUCUCAUCGAUGCACAUAAGGAUAUGGUUGUUAGUAUGAAGUGGGAUCCAGCUGGUAAGAUUCUCCUGACCUGUGCCAAAGAGGAAACAGUGAAGCUCUGGGGGUGUCUGGGAGGCUGCUGGAGGCGCCUGCAUUCCCUGUCCCACCCAGCCCUGGUGAAUGCCAUUGCCUGGUGUGCUCUGCCAGGGAAAGGACCCAAGGCACACCUUCUGUUAGCUACGGGAUGCCAGAAUGGUUUGGUGUGUGUCUGGACUGUACCCCAGGACAUAGUAAUCACAUUGCAGUCCAGCUCAGCUUGCUCAGAAGGAUGGUGGGAGCAAGAAACAAGUGCCAAGGAUGGAUACAGGAAGGCAGUGGAAGUGAAGUGUGUGUUCCAGCUGAGAGGACAUAUCACUCCUGUCCGCACUGUGGCUUUCAGUCCUGAUGGGCUGGUACUGGUGUCUGGGGGCCUUGGAGGCCUCAUGAAUAUCUGGUCUUUACGGGAUGGUUCAGUAUUGCAGAGUGUUGUGAUAGGGUCUGGAGCUAUCCAGACUGCAGUGUGGAUCCCUGAGGUUGGAGUAGCUGCCUGCUCUAACAGAUCAAAGGAUGUGUUGGUGGUGAACUGCACCUCAGAGUGGAUCUCUUCCAAUCACGUGCUGGCAACGUGCAGGACUGCGCUGAAGCAGCAGGGAGUUCUGGGCUUGAACAUGGCUCCGUGCAUGCGCGCGUUCCUGGAGCGCCUGCCCGUCAUGCUGCAGGAGCAGUACGCCUAUGAAAAGCCCCAUGUGGUGUGUGGGGACCAGCUGGUUCACAGCCCCUACAUGCAGUGCUUGGCAUCGCUGGCCGUGGGGCUGCACCUGGACCAGCUGCUCUGCAGCCCCCCCGUGCCCCCUCACCACCAGAGCUGCCUCCCUGACCCCUCUGCCUGGAACCCCACGGAAUGGGCCUGGCUCGAGUGCUUCUCCACUACCAUAAAAGCUGCUGAAGCCCUGGCCAAGGGAGCUCAGUUCCCUGAGUCCUUCACCGUCCCAGACCUGGAGCCUGUUCCAGAGGAUGAGCUUACUCUCCUGAUGGAUAACAGUAAGUGGAUCAAUGGCAUGGAUGAACAGAUCAUGUCUUGGGCAACAUCAAGGCCAGAGGAUUGGCAUUUGGGAGGCAAAUGUGACGUGUACCUGUGGGGAGCAGGACGACAUGGGCAGCUGGCAGAGGCUGGCAGAAAUGUCAUGAUCCCAGUGGCAGCACCUUCAUUCUCCCAGGCCCAGCAGGUGGUUUGUGGUCAGAAUUGUACUUUUGUCAUCCAAGCCAAUGGCACAGUUUUGGCUUGUGGUGAAGGGAGCUAUGGGCGACUGGGACAAGGAAAUUCUGAUGAUCUUCAUGUCUUAACUGUCAUUUCAGCACUGCAAGGCUUUGUUGUGACACAGCUGGUGACCUCCUGUGGGUCUGAUGGACAUUCCAUGGCUUUAACAGAAAGCGGGGAAGUCUUCAGCUGGGGAGAUGGGGACUAUGGCAAGCUGGGCCACGGGAACAGCGACAGGCAGCGCAGGCCCAGGCAGAUCGAGGCUCUACAGGGAGAAGAAGUUGUGCAGAUGUCAUGUGGCUUCAAACACUCAGCUGUGGUAACAGCAGAUGGCAAACUUUUUACAUUUGGAAAUGGUGAUUAUGGUCGAUUGGGGCUUGGAAAUACUUCCAACAAGAAACUUCCAGAAAGAGUGACGGCGCUGGAAGGUUACCAGAUUGGCCAGGUGGCCUGUGGCCUCAAUCACACCGUGGCUGUGUCAACAGAUGGCUCAAUGGUUUGGGCUUUUGGAGAUGGAGAUUAUGGUAAACUUGGUUUGGGAAAUUCCACUGCAAAGUCCUCACCACAGAAAGUGGAUAUUCUUUGUGGAAUUGGAAUAAAAAAAGUUGCCUGUGGAACUCAGUUCUCUGUUGCACUGACAAAAGAUGGUCACGUGUACACUUUUGGCCAAGAUCGCCUGAUCGGGCUGCCCGAGGGCCGUGCCCGCAACCACAACCGCCCGCAGCAGGUGCCGCUGCUGGCCGGGGUCUUCAUCGAGGACAUCGCGGUGGGUGCCGAGCACACGCUGGCCCUGUCCUCCACCGGGGAUGUCUACGCCUGGGGCAGCAACUCCGAAGGCCAGCUGGGGCUGGGCCACACCAACCACGUGAGGGAGCCCACACUGGUGACGGUGCUGCAGGGGAAGAACGUGCGGCAGAUCUCGGCUGGCCGCUGCCACAGCGCAGCCUGGACAGCUCCACCCGUCCCCCCUCGAGCUCCAGGUGUUUCGGUGCCUUUGCAGCUUGGUUUACCUGAUGCCAUUCCACCUCAGUAUGGGGCACUGAAAGAAGUGAGCAUUCAUACAGUGAGAGCCAGGCUGAGACUGCUGUACCAUUUUUCUGACCUCAUGUACUCUUCAUGGCGAUUACUGAACCUCAGCCCCAAUAACCAGAACAGUACAUCUCAUUACAAUGCUGGCACGUGGGGGAUAGUGCAGGGACAGCUGAGGCCCUUGCUGGCACCACGGGUGUACACCCUGCCCAUGGUGCGCUCCAUAGGCAAAACCAUGGUGCAGGGCAAGAACUACGGGCCCCAGAUCACUGUGAAAAGGAUCUCCACCAGGGGUCGGAAGUGCAAGCCCAUUUUUGUCCAGAUAGCAAGGCAAGUGGUAAAGCUGAAUGCAUCAGACCUUCGCUUACCCUCCCGUGCCUGGAAAGUGAAACUGGUUGGAGAAGGAGCUGAUGAUGCAGGUGGAGUGUUUGAUGACACCAUUACAGAAAUGUGUCAGGAACUGGAAACUGGAAUAGUAGACCUGGUUAUUCCUUCCCCAAAUGCUACAGCUGAAGUAGGCUACAAUAGGGAUAGGUUUCUCUUUAACCCUUCAGCAUGUUUAGAUGAACAUCUGAUGCAGUUUAAGUUCUUGGGCAUUCUCAUGGGUGUAGCUAUUCGUACAAAAAAGCCAUUAGAUCUUCAUUUGGCUCCAAUGGUCUGGAAGCAACUUUGUUGUAUCCCACUCAUCUUGGAGGAUUUGGAGGAGGUAGAUCUGCUCUAUGUGCAGACCCUCAACAGCAUUCUUCACAUUGAAGACAGUGGGAUUACCGAAGAAAAUUUCCAUGAGAUGAUUCCUUUAGAUUCUUUUGUUGGCCAAAGUGCUGAUGGUAAAAUGGUUCCCAUAAUCCCUGGAGGGAACAGUAUCCCACUUACCUUUUCAAACAGGAAAGAGUAUGUGGAGAGGGCAAUUGAGUACAGACUCCAUGAAAUGGACCGGCAGGUGGCUGCUGUCAGGGAAGGAAUGUCUUGGAUUGUUCCCGUUCCUUUGCUGUCCCUUCUGACUGCCAAGCAGUUGGAGCAGAUGGUCUGUGGAAUGCCAGAAAUAUCAGUUGAGGUUCUGAAGAAGGUUGUGCGAUACAGAGAAGUUGAUGAGCAGCAUCAGCUGGUGCAGUGGUUCUGGCACACCCUGGAAGAAUUUUCAAAUGAGGAGAGAGUCCUUUUCAUGAGAUUUGUGUCAGGAAGAUCUCGAUUGCCAGCCAACACAGCUGAUAUCUCUCAGCGAUUCCAAAUAAUGAAGGUUGAUAGGCCUUACGACAGCUUGCCUACCUCACAGACUUGUUUCUUUCAACUGAGGCUCCCACCUUACUCCAGUCAACUAAUCAUGGCAGAGCGUUUGCGCUAUGCAAUCAAUAAUUGCAGGUCUAUAGACAUGGACAAUUACAUGCUCUCCCGGAAUGUGGACAAUGCAGAGGGCUCAGACACAGAUUAUUAACAUUCUGUGAACAAAAUCAUCUUCCUUUUACUACAUAUAGUGCCCUAAGUCCAAUUCAUCGUUGACAUAAUUUUACAGUAACCAUAGAUGUUUUAGGAGCAUAAAAAACCAGAUCUUAAUAGAUGGUGGCCACAUUUUAGUUACUCUAAAUGUAACAAAAAAAUUAGAUGUUUUUAUUUUUUGUGAUUGUAAAAAAGAAAAAAGGAAAAACAAAACAAAAAAAUAUGAUCGGUAAGUUUUUUCUCCUUUUUUGGUCACUUUGAUAAGUUUGCAUGGAGACAUUUUGGUGCAUUUUUGUUGGGAAUAGUAAUUUGUAAGCCCUCCCAGUGAACAUGAAGAGUUGUACAUUGUGUAUAAUUGUUCAUUAGCCAGGACAGUUUUACAUGAAUAUUCACAUAUUUAUUUUGUUUUAAUUUGAAUUGCCUGUGCAGGGUUCCUUCUGCAGAGAAAAAUAAAGCAAAUUCAAGACUCUGUUGCUUGUA